UCGCGUCAUAGGUGGGUCCUGUUACCUCGACAGCGACUGUGACAGCCUAAUGGAGGGGUCGGGAUGCUACGGCGGAAAAUGUUACUGUCGUCCACGUUUGUUGUACUCACCGUCCGCCGGGGCAUGUAUGCAGUGUUCAACCUUUGGCACUACCUUUAGUGUGUAUCCAGAUCUUGGUGUGAAGGGCAACAAUGACGUCAGAUUCUACCAAGUUGCAGGGCCUGAAGACUGCAAGAGGAGAUGCCUAACGAUGAAGGAGGGACUGUGCAGAUCGAUUGAAUACACAGAAACAAGAGCCUUCAUGCUUAGUGUAAAUAUUGGGAAAACAUGUUAUGCUUCGUUUGCAUCGCUGGAGGCCAUGAGAAAGGGUGACCUCAUUGAGCCCGAUGGCGAGUGGACCCUCAUUUUGCGGGACUGUCAGUGAUUGCGGAUGGACCCUCAGCCUGCGGGACUGUCAGUAAUUGCGGAUGGACCCACAAGCUGCAGGACUGACAGUGACU